ACGGCCCCGCCCCAAAUGACGUCAGCGACGCGACGCCCGCGGGCGACGUCACGGCCGUCGCCGCUGGAGGACCUGUCACUACCCUUUCGUGGCUCUUUGGCUUAGUUCCUGCCCCGCCUUGGCCUGGUUCCCACGUGGCCCGCGGGGGUCGGGACUGCUGUCUCUCGAGGUCCCGCCCGGGACGACAGGCUGUUCCCUUGCCCGGGAGGUCACACACCCAAGGCCGGAGCUGGACUGCCUCCUGGUGCUACAGGGGCUCUAAAGGAAGGAUGGCAGCACUGGGCAGCCUGUCUGGUCUGCUGAGGCAGAGUGUUUUGAGGAACGCGGCCCCCGCAUGCCGCCACCUGCACACGUCCUCCUGGAAGGCCGACUGUAACAGAGCCGUACUCACACGGGUGCACCGGCAGGUCUACGCGCGCCUCUAUCCCGUGCUCCUGGUCAAGCAGGACGGCUCGACCAUCCACAUCCGCUACAGGGAGCCGCGGCGGCUGCUGGCGCUGCCCACGGACCUUGAUGCCCUGUCCCCUGAAGAGAGGAAGGCUCGAUUGCGGAAACGUGAGGCUAGGUUCCGAGAAACGAAGACGGAACCAGAGCUCAAGGACGACUUUGAUGUAGAGCAGUACAAGCGAUUUUGGAGCAAAAAGUAACUGCACCUUCGAACUGUCCCAGGAAGGGAGUUGUGAAGUGAAGAUGAGGGGGAGGGUGUUCUCCCGCAGCAGUGUCUGAUUUUAAAAUUACAAGUUAAAAGCCCCUUUGGUGUUGUCUCGUCCUGUUCUCUCUUGCUUUCAUGCUGACUGAGGUGCAUGCCGUUUCUGAAAAUCACCCUUUCUGAAAAGUACCAUGUUAGGCCCCAUCUGGCACUGCCCCUGGAACCUGCGGUCUAACACCAGCAGUGGGAAGGCACAGAGCCCCAACGAGGGCUCCUGGUGACCCAGAGCCAUCCUGGAGAGUGUUGCACUAGUUGACCUGCUGUCAUGCAAAUGAGGCCCAAAGUGGGCAACAGCCGGCCUGGGGCCACCCCAGAAAUCAGAGUAGAUGCAGGACUCAUAUGGGUCUGGUACUCUUCCUGCUUCAGAGCAUCCUGCCAGGCUCCUGGCCAUACCCCUCCCACCCCAAAUCGGGCCUCCACACCCCCAGGAGCAUCAGGGUUUUGCCACUUCCCUGACAGAGCAGAGUGGCCAGGAGUGGGUGGCAAGAGUGGGAUGUUCUGGAACCCAGGGACAGGCUCAUGAUGGUUGGCCCUCAUCUGGAGCUGCCCCUGUGCCUCCCUGCAGCACCUCAGCUCCCCCAGGGGCUCCGCCUGGGCAGGGAAGGCCUUGCCACCCUUGCUCGCCGUGCCCACCAGGACCAUUCGUCCCACUCAGCCCACUUGGCUGGUUCUUCCUCCCCUCUGCCUCUGUUCUGGGCUGCUUUCCUGCCACCCCCACCGGGCAGGCAAGCCCUCAGUCCUCCUUGGAAUGCCCCCAGCCCCCACUGCCCUCACUGCAUCUGUCCCAUCACUGCCCUGCCUGCCGAGAGCUACCACUCCAGCGACUUCCUUUUCCUGCGUCGGCAGUGUCCCUUUUCUCCAGGACCAUUCCUGUCAGAAAGCCUCCCUGCACGAACCCCCACUUGUCUCCUAACUGCUACCCGAUGCUCUCUUCACCUCCACAGCCAAACUCCCCAAAGAGUUGUCUACUACACCCAUGGCCCCCACUUGCUUUCCUCACUCUCUCUUAAACUCAGCUCCUUUUGGACUUCCAACCCCACCUCACCACCCUGUUCUUGUGAAGGUCAGCCAGGGCCCUCCACACAGCCCAAUGCGUAGUCAGUGCCAGCGCUGACCGUCCUCUGCUCCGGGCCCUCCAGACACUACACUCACCCCAGUCACCUUGCCCAGUAUCCCAGUGCCGUCUGUGCCAGCAGCUCCUCAGAGGGUACUUCCAGCCAGAACCCUGCCCUGGCCAGACUGUGGCUGGCCUCCCCAGCACCUUGUCCCAGGUGGUCAUGGGCACUUUGGGUACACCAUGUUUAAAACCAGCCCGAUGAACCCCCACAAGCCCGCUCCUUCUGCUGAGUUCCCCAUCUUCGGACCCAGCUGCCCCAUCCUUGCUGCCGCUCCAGCCAAACGCCUGGGUGGCAUCCUCGACUCCUGUCCCCCAGCCAUAUACUAAGAAGCCAAGCUGAUGGUCACACCCAGCAUCAAGUCCAUGACCAAAUAUUGCAGCUCUGCCUUCAGAACACACCCUAAAUCCCAGCAAGCUGCCGCAGCAGCCUCCCACCUGGGCCCCCUGCUUCCACCCAGUGCUUUCCGUAGACUGUCCACACCUGCCAGCUGUCAGCCUGUGUCCCUCUGUUCCGUCCUCCUCAGAGGGGAGGCAGAAGUCCCCGCUGUGACCCUUAUGUCCUGCAUGAUCGCCCUGCAACCCUAGCCUCUGAGUGUGACGCUCUUCCCGCGACACGCCUGUCCUCCCGCCUGAACAAGGAGAGGGUGGGGGGCGCUGUGCCAGUUUGAAUAUAUUGUGUCCCCCAAACGCCAUUAUCUUUGAUGUAACCUUGUGUGGGCAGAUGUAUCAGUGUUGAUUAGAUUGUAAUUCUUUGAGUGUUUCCAUGGAGAUGUGCCCCA